UUAACGUAGGCGUUAUCGUCACGAUAUAUACAUUGGUAGGUAAUCUUUUACUUGCGUGGAAAUUUCAAAUGCACGAUUUACAAUGAGGCAUAUUGUAGGCGUACUUUUAUGUGUCCUUGGGGUGGUGUGGGGUCUGGAAUCUACUUGUGACGACAUAGAUGAGGAUAUUUGCCGGACAUUUAAUAAUAAAGUCAGUGUUUGUGAUGACACGUGUCUUUCAAAACUAUGUCCGAGGACCUGCAAUAAGUGCCCAAGGAAAUGUUAUAGUUGCAACGGUGUCUCCUCCUUGAAUGAUUGCAAUACAACAAGAAUAUGUCCGGAUCUGACCUAUGACUGUUUAGUACAUGAAGGUAUCUCAUCAGACUUUAAAAUUUCCUACCAGCUUGGAUGUGCAACAAAGGACGUAUGCGUUUCAUUAUUUGAAGCGUCCACCACUAGAGGAGCCCCCAUCCUGGUGGGUAAGAAGAAGAGGCAUGGUAUUGACGGCGAGUGCUGCAGUACUGAUUUGUGCAACAGGCAUGUGCCAGUAAAGAGGAAAAGACAGAUUGUUAUAAUGACAGGAACCAUACCGGACAAACCUACCACAGACGGAACAACGAUUUCUGCGACUUCAUCAAAUGCAUGUGCUGAUAUCGACAUGGCUUCCUGUCAAAAACUUGCUACUCUCAAAAGGAACAUGUGUAGUGAUGAUUGUUUUGUACAGGCCUGUCCACGCACCUGUGGGAAAUGCUCUGAGUGUUAUUCCUGUCACUUUGUGGAAUCCCCAGAAAACUGUACCAGCACGUCUGUCUGUUUACCAGGAGAGCAAUGUUAUGUUUUGGAGAAAUUAAUGGAUAAUGGAAAACAUGGCUAUCAAAUAGGAUGUCUUCAUGAAAAUGUGUGUAGAAGAUUCCAUGUCAAUGCUGGUGAUUUAUUUGGUCGAAGGAGUGACCACGUGGGUUUGACGUUGGAUGGAAAUUGCUGUAAUGGAGAUUUAUGUAAUCAUCACGCUCUUGUGCAUACUACAACAACCACUACGCAUGCGCCAACACAUGCUCAGCCAACAACACCCGCACCAUACGGAUGCAAAUAUUCGCAACACAGUCACUGUCCUAACGGGUUUUUCUUAUUGGGUGGAAAGUGUAUUCUUGUUCGACAGCAUUUAGUGACUUACAGCGGAGCAAAGGAUUCUUGCGAAAAUCACCAUUGUGCUAAACUUAUGGAUAAUAUAUCUGAGCGGGACGCGGAUAAUAUUCGUCAUUACGUCAACCGGCUUCUUCCUGAUGUAUCUCCUGAACUCAAAGAGAUGUUUGUUGGUGCUCACGUUAACUCCCAUCAUCAUCUAGUGUGGGAUUCAUCUGGGCAUGCUGUUCCAGGUGUCCCUCACGACUCUCCAUCCGACACGUGCGUCGUUCUUCGGACAGAUGACCACCACCAUUUCAUGCGAACAACUUCUUGUGAUCAUCAUCACUUUUACAUUUGUGAGGCGGAAUUUAAAUGA